CCCUCUUCUCGUGCAGCGCAGUCUCUGCCUGUCCUCUGUGUGCCCGGAGUUUUCAUCCUGCUCAUGCGCACGAGGUUUGCCCAAACUAUUCUUGCUUUCUACAGUAGCUCUCUGACCUUCGUCAUUCCCUAACUUUUUACCCUUUCUGCACCCCGUCUUGCCCGUGUCCCCUCCGGCAACCCUCGCCAACGCCUUUCCGCUCCCUCGUCUACAAGAAACACGCAUAAAUCUCAACCGCCUCGGUCCCAGUUCCUACCCCUCCGCCCAUCUCCUGCAUUCCCUUAUCUGAGGUCUGUCGAGUCCUCGCCGAAAGAGGAGCAUGGCCUCGUCAGUGGGCCGGGGAAUCAUCAAGUUGGAUUGGAAAGAGUUGGAGCUGGGUCUUUCAUCACAUUAAGUUAAAGUUAAUCAAGAGAGAAUCUCGGUGCGACCAUGGACAUCAAUUCACUUCUUUCUCCCUCCGACAAUGCUCGCGCCAGUUCGCUCACUCCGUCAACGGGCACUCCGAGUCUGACGCAUUCGACUUCGACUUCGACUUCGCUUUCGCAGUCGCAAUCACAAUCGCAGUCGCCAUUCAGACAUGUUCAGCGAACGCAGUCGGGGAACACAGGCCUGGUGAGUUCACCACUCGGUCGUUCUGUUCAACCACCAUCGAGCAUUCCUGCCCAUGUCAGAAGUCCGGCUCAGCAGACUCCGCACUCGUCGCCGCUCAUCAGCCCUGUGCCUGCUGGCACCGCAUCUGCUCAUUUGCCUCGAUCUUCUUCCACGCCGACCAUGGACACCUUGGCAGACUUUACUUCAUCAAAGCCCAGCCUGACCAGUCGCGAGUCAACCGACAGCCAAAAAUCAUCCUCGGGCCUCUUCCCUCACCUCACAUCAGCCGGUGCGACCUCAAACCCCCGCGCGUCCAUAGAUAUCAACAUGGUUGAGACGCCGCAGGCGGUUGUAAGAGCAGACUACACCGAGACUUCUCUUCCCGCCGAAGCGCAACAAAGACUAGCUGUGCUCGCUGCCCAUGUGCAGGAAACGCCUUCUUCGUAUGAAGCCCACAGGGAGAUCAUCAAAAUCUUGCAUCAAGGCUUUGUUGACCACAUCUAUCCUUCCUCCAGCCCCAACGCUCACGGAGAUCCUCGAAAAUAUGACCUCCUCGCCGACCUUCGGCGAGCUCGUGAGAACUUGGACAAGCUCUUUGCAGUUGGCGAGGAACAGUGGUUGGAUUGGCUUCAAGAUGAGAGCAUUCUUGCACAAACCGCCGAUGAGCGAGUGGCGGUCGUGGAUAAGUGUCGGCGGGCAGUGACGGAGGAGUACGGUAGCACACAACUGUGGUUGACUUAUGGUGACUGGGUCUCGCACUGCCACAAAUGGGCUCUCGACUCAGCCGGAGACGCGCAGGGCGACGUCGAUACCGAACGCUUGAUUGGGCGCGAAGUCUUCGACUGGAGUAUUGUCCUGGACACAUGGACUGAAGCGGUCGAACGAACAAAGCAUGACAUGAGCCGCAGUCAUGAAGUUUGGAACAAGUACAUGGCCGUCCGGUUUGGCGACGUCAGCCAAAAAAUGUCCUCAAGCGACGCCACCGCUGUUCUUGGACUGUUCGAAACCCGAUUACGCAUACCACAUGCUGAAUGGCAGCAGACGUUUCAGACAUUCUCAAGCUUUGUCUCUGCCAACGUACCAGCAGAUCAGUACGAAGAAAUCAUGGCGUCAAACCUAAGAGACUCAGCCAAUGCCAAGAAGAUAUGGAAUGACAGAGAUGCAUUAGAGACAACCCUACUGGAGGCCCAAAAUGCCGGGGAUACUGCUCUUGAAUAUCAAGCUUUCUCAAAAUACAUCGAGUGGGAGCGUGCAGAGGAGAAUAAGCCACAGACACAGCGGAAAGGGAGAGCCAAAAGAGCGCAGGAGAUUCGCAAUCCUUACUUCGAUAUGGUUGACGCCCUUUACGAACGCGCGGAACUUCGCUUCCCCUCGGUGCCUGCUAUCUGGGAAGAGCAUAUCGAUUAUUUAAUCGAGAAAUCGAAGCUGGAUUUGCUGGAGGUCUUGGCUCGAGCCACAAAACACUGCCCGUGGUCUGGGUCGCUAUGGAAGCAAUACAUGUUGACCUCGGAACUCGCAGAAGAGCCGUUCGAUGAAACCGAGAAGAUCAAGCACAAGGCCACCAGCACCGGACUCCUCGACGCUGCCGGUAUCGAGGAGGCUCUGGUUGUUCACGACGCUUGGUGUGGGUAUCUCCUGCGGCGGACAAAACGUCCUGAUGCUGUUGAAGAAGAUGCUGAUGUUGCGGAAAUGGGGAUCCGGUCCUCUAUCGAGGCAGUGCAUAGCCUCGCUUCGAAGUUGGGAAUCGGAAGCGCAUUUGACCCUUCCUUCCGGCUGCAGCGAAAAUAUGUUGAAUAUCUCAAGUCCCAGCGCCGACUCGACAAUGCGGGGGCACAAUUCAACGACGCUGUGGCUGACUACGGCAAAUAUUACAAGUUCUGGCUUCGCUAUUAUGAAUUUGAAAUGCAGAAGUCCCUGCAAAUUGCGUUCCUGCAACAACCAGGGCCCGAUCGACUGGAUACUCUUUCUUCUGCCCCUUUUGCUGUGGGAGUCCUGAAGCAGGGACUCCAGCAUCCCGACCUAGACUACCCGGAGCCACUCAUGGAAGCAUUACUGAAUCAUUGCGAGGACUAUGAGGAUGCAGAUGAGCUCCAAGGCGCCAUAAGUCUAGUACGGAAGGUUCAAAAAGAGCUCACGGCAAGGCGACAACGAGAAGUCCUUCAAGCAGCAGACGCUACAGCGGAAAAAGAACAAGCUGAAGAAGAGAUUGCUGAUCGAACCCAGGAGGUCGUUAACGGUGUUCACAUUGGGAAGCGCAAGCGAGACGAGGAGUCAGAGGAAGAUGAGGCGAAGAAAAGACAACGGAAUGAAGAGAUUGCAGAACCGUCGGUUGAGCCGGAUCGGCCUGCUACCGAAGAAUUGAAACGCGAUCGUGAGCACGCAAGCGUGCUUGUGCAAAACAUACCACCCAACGUCACUGAAACCAAGAUCCGGCAGUAUUUCAGCAGUUGCGGAACCGUCAAACAAGUGAAGAUUUUACAAGACGAGGAGAACAGUGUCAUUGUAGAAUUUGAAGAUGCCGAUGCCGCUUCUUUCGCCCUGUCGCGUGAUGGACGCGAGUUCGAAGGUGCUGAGCUCUCUGUUAUUCUCAACACAGGAUCGACGCUGUUUGUCACCAACUACCUUGCUGCUGCCGAUGAAUCGUAUAUCCGCAACCUGUUCCGUUCGUACGGGGAAAUCAUCAACGUUCGCUUUCCUUCUCUUCAACGCAAUAAGAAACGAAGGUUCUGCUACGUUGAGUUCAAGCGGCCCUCGGAAGCGCAGGCCGCGACCGAGCUUGACAAUAAAGACAUCGAUGGAUUGAAAUUAGUCGCCAAAAUCUCCAACCCGACCGUACGGCAGGCAAGAAAGGAGCGAAGCAGCGACGGUCGGACGAUCUUUGUCGGUCAACUACAAUUCAAGGCCACUGCUCAGGAUGUCGAAAAGCUCUUUUCUCAGUAUGGAACCAUUGAGCAGCUCCGACUUCCCAAGGAUCCAAAAAAUGCUUCUCGAAACCGAGGCAUUGCUUUUUUAACGUAUGCCAAUUCAGAGGAAGCACAGGCUGCCUUGGCGAUGCAUGGCGAGGAUUUCCAGGGCCGCAAACUGACUGUCAACACAUCUGAACGCGAUGGCCGACCCGCCAAAAGCAUCAAUGGGCGGUCGAAAUCUCCCUCUCUGCCACUGGACGCUGCUUCCGAUACCGUGAGUGUACCAAAGAUUCUGGACCAGGACGCGAUAGAUGACCGACGUGAGCGGACUGUUGUCAUUUGCGACGUACCUGACAUCGUGAACGAGAGCCGAAUCAAGGCCGUGGCGGAGAAGAUCGGCCCCGUGCGCAAAGUGAUACUGAAGACCAAUCAUCAAGGCGCCUUUAUUGAGUUUGACAACAUACCGGAUGCCGGGCGAGCUAUGAUCGAGCUCGACAACCUGGAAAUUACCCCCGGCCGCCACAUCCGAGUCACCACCGAGAAGGAAAUGUUGCAGCAACAGCCGGAGCACAAGACCGAUCAAUUUGCUCGACGCCCUGCCCCGGCGUCUGUCACGCCCGCCAGUGGUCCAAUCAGACGUCCUACACAGCCAGGCGUUCGGAAGAAGGGGGGACAUCUGGGCCAGAGGUCAAGCGCUUUGCACGUAUCGAUUGAGAAGGAGAGCGCGAGUGCGGAUGCAGAGACAGGAAGCGGAAAGAAGACGAAUGACGAUUUUCGAAACAUGAUCAAUCAGAGCUAAUGGGCCAUCGGUCCUUCAUGAGAGAUAGGAGCAUGUGAAAGGCAUGAUAGCUGGGGCGGCCUUUUUUUUCCCAAGUCCGAUAUUUUGUGACCUGUACUAUAGAAAAAUAGCUGGGCAACCUCAUUAAUGGUGUGUGUACGACAAGGAUUAGUUGUCCCGAUAGGAUGAAGAAAUCGAAGGCCAGAUGAGAACGGUCUGUUGCGUGGUAUAGAGCGCCAACCAAUGAUUCCGGCUGAACGAUCGAGUCCCAUGACUUUGGAGAUGUAGCACCAACGAAGAUGAUGC